UCUUCAUGUGUUCUUUCAGACUGUGUGCGGAUUCUUUACUACAUUUGUGUCAAGGUUCAGUCUGAGUUUCGAUUAAGAGCACAUGUGCAUUAAAAAAAAACAUAUUUCUGUAUAGUAUAGACUUUCCCCAGCGACAGUAAUGAGUUAGCGAGCUGUCACAGGAGCAGUCUGGUGUUGCUUUAUGACCAUAUCUUAGUGAUCAUCAUCAUGGAGAGUUCAUUUGAGUCAGUGGUGAAUUUGCUGGAGUCCUACAGAGGAAGAGAUAAAGUGAUAAGGACAGUUUGCUAUGGAUCGCAACUGGUUGGUGGUAUCCUUUCAAGAAAAACUGCCAACACCUCACAGCUUGGCAAGGGUCUCCUGCUCUUCUCAGCUCAGCUCAGUCACUGCCGGACAGUGCUGCGCCUGUUUGAUGACCUUUCCAUGGCUGCUUACUCGCUGAGCUAUGGACUAGGAUCCACGGAAGAGGACAAAGUGCUGCGGUGCAUGUCGGUGCUGAUUAAUAUUGCAGAUCAGCUGUAUUACCCGUGUGAACAUGUAGCCUGGGCAGCUGAUGCAGAGCUCAUUAAAGUCAAGUCCGACAAAUGGUGGACACUAAGCACAGUUCUGUGGGGUGUGUCUUUACUUCUGGGCACUCUCAGAUCACUCAGAAUCAUCCGGAAAUUAAGGAAGAAGGCACAGAAAUGCAGAGAAGCAGGACAAGGAGACAGCAGGGGAACCACUGUUGACAUUCAAAAUCAGAUUUGGGGAGAGUUUCUUAAUAUUCUUAGCAGCCUGGCAGAUCUGAGCAACGCUAUUCAUUGGAUGCCACCUGGAUUUCUUUGGGCCGGUCAGUUCCCUGAUUGGCUGGUGGGAUUAAUGGGGACUGCCUCCUCCCUGCUUGGCAUGCUGCACAUGACCUCCAGCGAUUAAAGUGUCAGUGUCUGACAUGAUCAACUGUGGGGACCUGAAUGAAUGUUUUUUUUUUUUUUUAUUAUUAGCCCUUAUUAGGGUUUACACGGUGAUGUAAGCUGCAUAAUGAUUUCACAUGAUACACUGGAACAAGUACAUGUCCAAUUCUUAUAUAAUGUAGACAGUAUGUAAUAUGUAAUCAAGAGACCGAUUGUACAGAAAAAUGAAACAUAGCACUUUAGGUAAAGGAUGUACACUGAGCAAAUUGAUAAUUUACAAUAAA